GUAGGUUGGGACAGAAACAGUGCUGGAUCACUCUAAAUCUGUCAAGUCAGUGCUGAUGCAACUCUUUCAGGAGAGCGGCAACUUCGAUGUAGAAGGUCUGGACACUUCCAAUGCGUGUUAUGGUGGUACUCAAGCACUAUUGAAUUCAAUUGCCUGGGUGGAGAGUAGCGUGUGGGAUGGCAGAUAUACACACACAGAUACGCUCUGGGGUGUGUGGUGAUAUUGCUGUCUACGCCGAAGGCAACGCACGGCCCACCGGCGGCGCGGGAGCUGUGGCUAUGCUGAUUGGCAGGGAUGCCCCGCUGGUAGUUGAGCCUACGCGUGCUUCUUACUUCGAACACCAGUACGACUUCUACAAACCGGAACUCAACUCGGAGUACCCUACGGUGGACAGCAGACUUUCUAUGACGUGCUAUCUACGAGCGGUAGAUCGCUGUUACCAAUCGCUGGUGCAGAAAUACGAGCGCAGGCAGAACCAGGUCUUCGACAUCGCCACGCCAGAUUACUACGUGUUCCACAGCCCCUUCACUAAACUAGUUCGCAAGGCUUUCGCUCGGAUACACUACAACGAUUACCUUUUAAGGGGCGACGCUUCGGCGGCCUUCAUCGAAGGUCAGCCAAUCAGUGAAGACAUCGGUACACGAGAUCCGGAGACCACAUACCUAGACAGAGAGUGUGAGAAGGUCUUUUUAGAUCGGAGCAAGGGCCUUUUUGCGGACAAAGUAGUGCCGUCUCUACUGUUGGCUAAAGAAACGGGCAAUUCAUAUACUGCUUCGUUGUAUUUCGGUCUGAUUUCGCUCCUACACACGACGGGAGCUAAAUGUAUACCUGGGGGUACACCUUCAGUUGACGCCCGUGUCCUUCAAAUGAUUAUAUUUUUCGUUACUUCUCUAUUUUGAAUCAAGAUUGAUCGGGUAGAACGUACGUGUCUUUCAGUUUAAACCCAUUGUAUCUGUGCUAUCAACUUCUGAUCCUUGACUUUCGUUGUUCCUCUGGUUCACGAAAGAUUUUAAUGACAACAAUAUGUGGUAGAGAAAUGUGUUACAUAAUUUGUUUUGUAUAUAGUGUCAGUAUACAUACAUAUGUUCCAUCAUUGAUGCACACAUGCGUAUAAACCAUGGUAUGAGUUUGUGAGAGAGUUUAUCUGCUCAUAGCCUCAUCUCACAGCACACUAUCAUUUUUACCGCCUAUCUAAGCAGAUCUAGAUGGGAAAAGGGCCCUACUAUUCUCAUACGGUUCUGGCUUGGCCGCCACCAUGUUUACCAUAAAAUUUGCACAACCCGACCACCAAGUGUAUCGCCAAGUGGCUGACGUUAAUACUAGACUGGCAAGCAGGACGUUCUCAACUGCAGAAGUUUACAAUACAGCCAUGCAGUUGAGAGAAGAUACGCACUCAAGUGCGCCUUACAUUCCCUCUACGGAUCCCGGGGGUUUGUUUCCGGGCACAUACUAUUUAGUGGAGGUGGAUACAUUGUAUAGGCGAGUAUAUAAACAGAUUCCUGUAAUAAGUUAAACAGAGUGUGUCAAAAAGAAAAGAAAAGUUGACAUAGAAGUGGAUGUAUGAAAGCGCACUAUGUUUGCCUUCCGUAUAACUUGAUAGUGUGAAAGUGACAUAUGAAUUUAUCUGAGACAAAAAUGAGAAAAGAACUCGAAGACUU